CGAAAAAUAAUAUGUUGCUGCGGGGUAGUUCGGCUCGCCCAAAAACGAAGAGAGAGCGAAAAACAACCACCCUUGUAAAAGGUGUCAUUAUCCCCGAUGAGAGAAGGGAGGAUCGAAUUCAAUCUAAAAAGAGUAUGUUGGACUUGGACAACCUUCAGUAGGCGUGACCUUUCCUACUCAUUCACUUCUAGACGACUGUCGAUCUGACCUUAAAUCUUUUCCAGGAAAACAGACGAAAGUGAAUGAAUGUGAAUAAUGCUGAAAUUGCGUAAAAUCGCUUGUGCCAUUUCUGGUGGUGUCGACAGCUGCAUUGCUGCUUUGCUUCUGAGGAAAAAAGGAAUGCUCUGGAGGCUGCCUUUCUGGAAAUCCUUGCCACAGGGAUGGAGGCAGCCAUGAUCAACAUGCAAAUGCUGCCUGUGUUGGAAGACAUUUGUUAUGAAAUCAUAGGAGUGUUCAUGCGGAAUUGGGACAUCACUGAUGAAGUAGGGAAUUGCACUGUGGACCAAGAUGCAGAGGAUGCUCAUAAAGUCUGCAAGCAGCUGGGCAUACCAUUCCAUGAAGUUAGCUUCAUCAAGGAAUACUGGCAUGAAGUCUUCAGUCACAUGGUGAAUGACUAUGAAAAUGGACUCACACCCAAUCCUGACAUCUUGUGCAAUAAGAGGAUCAAAUUUGAUGCACUCUUCAAGCACUGCACAGAAAAGCUUGGUGUUGAUGCCCUUGCCACUGGACAUUAUGCUAGAUCCACUUUUGGUGAUGAGCUACAGAACUUCAGCCAACAAAAAGGUGCACGGCUUCUGCGAGCUUUGGAUACUGUGAAAGAUCAGACAUUUUUCCUUUCUCAAAUCAGCCAAGCCUCAUUACAGCAUGCUGUAUUCCCUCUUGGGGAAUUUACAAAGGAUGUUGUGAAGAAGAUUGCCUUGACUGCUGGAUUUGAAUCUCUGGUGAAAAAGAAAGAAAGUAUGGGGAUAUGUUUCAUUGGAAAACGUAACUUUCAGGACUUUAUUGAUGAGUAUAUUGAUCCUCAGCCUGGCCUAUUUAUCCACAUGGAAACUGGAGAGGUAAUUGGAGAGCACUUGGGAAUUCAUCAGUGGACUAUCGGUCAAAGAUGUCGCCUGCCAGGCAAGAGGACCCCAUUUUACAUUGUACAGAAGAACAAAGAAUCACAGGAAAUGCUUGUUAUUCAAGAUUGUGAUCACCCAGCAUUGUAUUGCACUUCAGUAUUUCUUGGGCAACCACAUUGGAUCCACAGCACUCCAAGAAUGUUAAUGAACAACAAGUCUUUGGACUGCAGCUUCGUCUUUCAGCAUACCAAACCAUUGGUACCUUGUAGCCUGAACAUGACAACUAAUGGCUGUCUCAUUGCUUAUCUUGCCAAACCUCUCAGGGCAGUCACACCUGGACAGUAUGGGGUUUUCUACAAGGGGGAUGAAUGCCUUGGAAGUGCCCGCAUCCUACAUCCUGGUCCAUCAUUAUAUGCUAUGAGUAACAAGCCCAAGGAUAGAAUCCCAAUCAGUGACUCUGAGAUCCAAAAUUCUCAAAUCCCUUCUGAUGGUUAAAGGUAGUACUAUUUCUUUCAGAUGACCCCAUGAUCUUCAUAAACUGUUAGGUCAAGAUUUUAUGUGAAGUUCUGUGAUAUUCAUCUGGUCCUUAGGGGAAAAAUGCAUUCUGAACCAGUUGUGUUCAGUGAACUGUGCUUGUGAAUUCUAGUCUGCAGCCUUUUUUAUUGGAGUCAGUAUUUGUCAUAAGUUCUGAUACAACUGUUCAGAGUGUCCAUGCAGAUAUUGUUGCUGUACUGGUGAAAUGUGCAAUCUUGAUUGUUUGAGCAUGGAUCUCAGAUGAUAUGAACUACAGUAUGGAGUACUUGUGCAAAACAUUUCACCCAAUGGAAGAGUAGCUACUGAUGUACCUGAGGAAGGAUGGAGCUUUCUAAGUACUGAAGUAGCCAUGUACUGGUACUCAUAAAAAUAUCCAGCUACAUGUCAUGGAAUCCCAUGUUUUUGGACAUCCCAACUUUCAAAAUAAAAUUUUUGCAAAUGGUGUG